AUGGUUAGACAUUAUUUUCUUGUUUGGCUAUUGAUUCUAAUUGGAGUUUCGGAUGGAUCUUCAUUGGCUAGGAGAAGAUUGAGAAGGCAGAUUCUACCAUCUCAACAUAUUCAGGUAAACUAUUUUGAAUUAGGAUUUUAUUGUUAGAAUUGAGAUUUUUUCAGGUUCAUUCAAUAGAUUCCAAAGUUUUGCUUGACAAACUGAUAACAGUUGAUUCCACAGAUUCGAGAGUAGAAUUGUCAGAAAAGUAAGUUUAUUUCGGGAAAAACAGAUUUCUCUAGGCCCAUUUUUCCUCUACCUCUAAUUACCCUUUUUCAAUUCCUGCAGAAAUCUAAACGGCACCAUAUGGUCGCAAAAGUCAAAGGUACAAUUCGACACUUAUGACACAUUCGUGAAUGCUACAGCGGAAAUUGCACAAUCGAUCAUGAAUAUUUUGAAUUGUGUUUUCAUCCACGGAACUUCUCUAGAAAGCCAGGUAUUUAUUGAUGGAAGGUUCCCACAUAAUAAUUAUAUUUUUCCAGCUUUUCAUGAGAACAAAUCGAACAUCCGAUGGUCAUACUUAUCUGAAUCAUCAAUUAUAUGAUAAUGCAAAUGUUUCUAUAACUGAUGAAGGUGUUAGAGUUCAAGGAAUUGGAGCAAGAAGGGUUGGAGUUGAAGCUCAAACUUGGGAAAAAUAUCUGGAAAAAACUAUGACUCUAUCAGCCUUGAAUAAUCCGGCAUCUGGAGAUAGAGAGCUUAUGUUAACAAGUGAGUGACUAAUCGUUUGAAUUUAUUUUCUAUCUAACUAAAUUUCAGUCAACGCUCCAUUGUAUCAUAUUGAUGUUUGUUUUGUCGGUGCUAUGAUCUAUAUCGAAUUUGGUGACAAGUUAGUGCAAAUUGAUCCAGAUUUCCGAACAGUGAAUAUCUACACUAACCGGUACACAAUAAACUUCAAAACCAAAGAUAUGGCAACUCCAUAUGAUGUUAAACUGAGCAAUGAAGAAAUAACAAUCCGAUGUCCACAAGAGCAGACAACUGUGUUUGUUCAGCCAGGAGGUGUGAAUGUUCAUGUUGAAGAAUUCUCAAAGUCAGUUUUUUUUCUGAUCACGGUUCAUUUGUAAGGAUUUUUGUUGAUUUCAGAAUGCAAUUAGAUCGUGGUGGCGGUGAAAUGUUGAUCGGCGGGCAACCAUUGAACGCAGAUUCUGUGAGAGUUAUCUCCUUAGCUGCUCUGCUGAGUUUGGCAAAUAAUGGAAAUGUUAGAGCAGACACAACGAAAUCUGAAAUUCUAGUCCAAACGCCGGUGCAAAAUGUAAGUUUUGUUUUUUUUUGUUCAACACCAUCAAAAAAAUCUGGUUUCAGGUUGGAUUAACCGCUGCUCAUCAUGAUAUUCAAGUUCUUGGAGGAGUCCCUCAUUUAGUUGUUGAAGCUGGUCUUGCGAUUGUUGAAGUGACAGCUGCAAAUGGUCUUCCAUCUUCUAUAACCCUCCUCCCACCAUUUAGCCCACCAGAAGAUCGUUAUCUAACAAUUGGACCAUAUCAAGGUAGUCGCACUUCUUAUAUGGCAACAUAUUACACUCAAUGGUUUCUACCUCCACCUGCACCUGUUUUGUUAGCACCAGUUCCACAAACUCUUAGUGUUGAUGUUAAUCGGAAGAUUGUGCAUGUGCCAGAUGAUUUUUCUGGGUUUGCUGCAGAUUUGGCUGUCAAGAAACUUUUAGUGAAUGAAACUGACGUUGAGUUAAGCAUGAAUGUCACUGAAGUUUCAAAUAGCACGGUUGUUAUCACCAGCACCUUACCACCUACGACAUCUGCGACUACAACCACAACCACGACCACAACUACUACUACUACAACGACAACAAUACCGCCCACGACGACAACUUUAUCUGAACUCGAAAAAUUGAAACUUGAAAUCGCGAGAUUGACAAAAGUCCGAGAAUGGGAAACUGAAGAAAAUAACGUUGACAAUGAUGGUGAUACUCAAGAAGAAACAUUCACUUAUCCGAAUGGAACAACAGUUACUCGAUUGAUCAAUAUAAAACGACAAAUUCGAACAAAAAUUAUACAUAAGCAUCGACAAGAAGUUGAUGCUUCUGAUAAUUCAACGAUUCCAAUUGGAGCUGGGAAUGAUACAUUAGUUGGAAAUAUAACAACAACAUUUUUUGACAAAUCAACCGGGAAAGAAAAAUCACCACCACCAGUUUUAUUAAACACAUCAAAUAGAAAACCAUCAACUGUGAAAAAUAUUGAGCCAUCAAAAACAUCUGAAUCCACCGAUGUUAAAGAACCUAAAAUUUCUUCAGGCCCAAAGUUACCAUUCAAAUCUCCAGAAUCAAACACAACUUCAGCAACUCCUAGUGAAUCUCAAAAACCUGAAAAGUUUCCGAGUAGAUCUGAAAAACUCGGGAACGGCAAACCGUCGGAUAUUUCCCAAAAACCAAUGAGAAAUAAACCACCACCUUCAACACUGUUUGCACGAGUUCGUCGUUUUGUUGUUUGGUGAUUUGUACAUGUUUUAUUUUUGCAUGAAAUUUUAUUUUCUUGAUUUUCCUGUUCUAACCUAUAUCCAUUCAGAAAAAAUUUAAUCUUUCAUUCCAGCUCCCAACGUGACCUCAUCUCCGAUGGUUUUCCCAGAACCAGAUCAAUUUAAUGUCACUCAAUCCCCACUCGAUGGUUGUGGCGGAGGAUUUGGUGGUGUACACCCACGUAAUCAAACAAUAUAUCCAGGAAAUCCACAAGGUUCAACAACAAUGCCCACGACUGUGGUGACUCAUGAAAUAGUGACAUAUCACACUCCAGCUCCAACAGAAAUAACAACCUCUGCUCCAUUGGAUUUGACAACACUUGCAGAAAUUAUAACUACACCAGCGGUUGUUACAGAAGACACAAAAAUUUUCUCAACGGAUUCUUCUAUGAGUGGAUUUCCAACACUUAUUCCAACCACAGAUGAAACAUAUCCAUUUCCAACUGAUUUUGAUAUUGAUAAUACUUCUCCCGAACCAACAGAAAUACAAGGAAGUGUAGGACCAAAUGAAGUCACACCUCCAGGUUCGGAGACAAGCACUGAAACAAAUGCGGAGUUAACAACUCAAGCAGUUAUUGAUGUCACGACUGCGGAAGAGUCAACAGAACCAACUCCAACACAGACAUCACCUUCUGAAGAAACGACAGCUUCAAAUUCUGGAGAAACUACUCCAGGAAUCCCAGAACCAUCAGCAUUUCCAGUAGAUCAACUUGAAACUACAUCUGUUUUUGUACUACCUACAGAUUCUGUGUAUGAAACAUCUCCAGGAAUCCCAGAGCCUUCUGAACUUCCAGUAAAUCAAGAAACAACACCUGGAAUACCAGAACCAUCUGAACUUCCGAUAGAUGGACAGGCUUCCACACAAUCAAUGCCCGAACCAUCUGAUCUCCCACUGAAUCAAGAAACUACUCCCGGAAUGCCAGAACCAUCCGAACUUCCGAUAACUGCAACAACCAUUGACACAAUUCCGUUCCCUUCAGAAUUUCCAACUGAUGAUUUUGUAAUUGGACACUGGUUUUCAACAGAAGAUUCGAGUGAAAGAACAACAACAGAGACUUCUGAAUUUUCGAUAACCGCAACAAUUGGUAGUAUUGAUCUGGCGACACUUUCAACAUCAUCAGCGCCCAGUUCAACUGAUUCAAUUCCUACACCGCCAGCCAGUUUGUGAGUUUUUUCUCUUUUUAAAUUUGAUUUUAUUCACAAAAUAAUUUGAUUUUUCAGAGGAAAUGGAAAACUUUUGGUAUUAAAAAUGCGAGUUCCCGACGGAAUUGAUGUCAAUUCUCCGGACUUUGCUAGAAAUAUUACAAUGAGUUUGAAAAGAUUAGUGCGAGAUACAAAAACAAAAAUGGAACGCCGAUUCAGAAGAAAUACAGAAGAUCUGAUAGAACCAUCGGAAAAUGUCACAGAUGAUCCUUUGAAAGUGAGUGAUCGGAAAAAAUUAUCAAAAUAAUUUUGAAAACUUUUCAGGUAAAACAAAUCAUGAAAUUCGAUAAUGUGACGGUUGUUACAUUUUCGUUUGAAAAUUUCGAAAUAACACAAGAAGAACUUGAAAAAGCAUUGUAUGAUUUGGAAACCAAAGAUCUCAAUGAAUAUUUUGAUUUUCCGGUAAGUUUUAGUAUUGGAAAAAAAUUGAUCAAAAUCAGAAAAUUACAAUUUUCUAUAAAAACCGAUUUGAAAAAUAAUAGAAAUUUCUUGGAGGUCUUGAAAAACACAUUUAAAUAUAUAUUUUACAGACAAUGGAGCACAUCUCUGUCAUCGAAUCAAAUUAUAAAAACAUCUCUCUCGAAAAAGAAUCCGAACUUCCUUGGUUUUUGAUGUUAAUUAUUGGUAUGAUAAUAUGUAUUCUCAUUAGUGGUAGCUAUUAUUUUAUCAAUCAUGGCGAAACAUCAAUUAUUAUAAAAAGGAUGGGACGACAUUUCACAAGAUAUACAGCACCAGAACAUUCUCCACCUCAAGAAGCGUUUGAGAGAGCAUAA